GGGCUGCCUGACCGCCCAGGGCUCUGCCUUCCUCCUCCUCCUCCUCCUCCUGCUGCUGCUGCUGCUCCUGCUGCUGCUGUUGCUCCUGCCGCCGCCCGCCCCGGCCCGGCCCGGCUCGGCUCGGCUCGGUUCGGCCCGGCUCGGCUCGCCAUGGGAGAUGUGGUCUCCACGCAUCUGGACGAGGGUCGCCGCCAGCACAUCUCGGAGAGGACAGGGAAGGUGCUGGGGGAGUUCUGCCGGUGCUACCGGGAGCAGUACGGCGUCGCCCUCUUCAACAGCGUCCGCUACGAGAUCGAGGGCAACGGCGGGCCGCAGGCACAGCUGCUGCACCGCAAGGUGCCCCUGGAGGACCAUGUCAUCUACUCUGGCAACAUCUUCCAGUACAUCGAGGAGAACAAGAAGUGGAGGAACCGCUUCUGCGUGGUCCCACACAACUACGGCUUGGUCCUCUAUGAGAACAAACUGGCUUACGAGCGGGACCUGCCCCCCCGAGUGCUGGUCAACAGUGCUGGCUACAAGGUCCUCACCUCAGUAGAGCAGUACCUGGAGCUGGUGAACAGCAGCCUGCCUGGUGUGACCCCCAAGUCGGGGCAGUCCCCCAUCCUGAAGUGCCCCACGGACUUCCCCCUCAUCCUCUGGCACCCCUACGCCCGGCACUACUACUGCUGCGUGAUGACCGGCAAGGAGCAGCAGAAGUGGCGUGCGGUGUUCCAGGACUGCGUGCGGCACUGCAACAACGGGAUCUCGGAGGACUCCAAGGUGGAGGCUCCAGCCUUCACGGACGCCAUCCGCAUGUACCGGCAGUCGAAGGAGCAGUUCGGCACCUGGGACAUGCUGUGCGGCAACGAGACCCAGGUGCUGAGCAACCUGGUGAUGGAGGAGCUGCUGCCCGAGCUGCGGAGCGCCAUCGGCCCCCGGCUGAAGGGCAAGGCUCAGGAGCGCCAGCGGACCUGGAUCCAGAUCUCAGAUGCUGUCUACAGGAUGGUCUAUGAGCAGACCAAGGCCCAGUACGAUGCAGUGACAGCCAAGUGCGAACAGGAGCGGCCCCAGAUGGAGAGCAUCAUCCGCACAGACAUGGACCAGAUCAUCACUUCCAAGGAGCACCUGGCCAGCAAGAUCCGAGCAUUCGUGCUCCCCAAAGCAGAGGUGUGUGUCCGUAACCACGUCCAGCCCUACAUCUCCUCCAUCCUGGAGGCCCUGAUGGCCCCCACGAGCCAGGGCUUUGCUGAGGUGAGGGAGGUCUUCUUCAAGGAAGUCACAGACAUGAACAUGAACAUCGUCAACGAAGGUGGCCUGGAGAAGCUGGUGGAGUACAUGGAGAAGCUGUCCCACCUGGCCUUCCACCCUGUCAAGAUGCAGUCGUGCUAUGAGAAGAUGGAGCAGCUGAAACUGGAGGGCCUGCAGCAGCGCUUCGACGUCUCCAGCACGUCUGUCUUCAAGCAGAGGGCACAGAUCCACAUGAGACAGCAAAUGGAUGAUGCUGUGCACACCUUUGAGACGCUGCUGCACCAGGAGCUGGGCAAGCUGCAGGGCAAGGAUGAGUUGUGCAAGUCCAUCCAGCGCAUCCUGGAGAGGGUGCUCAAGAAGUUCGACUACGACAGCAGCACCGUGCGGAAGAAGUUCUUCAGGGAGGCUCUGCUGCAGAUCACCAUCCCCUUCCUGCUGAAGAAGCUGGCACCAACCUGCAAGGGGGAACUGGCCAAGUUUCAGGAGCUGAUCUUUGAGGACUUUGCCAACUUCAUCCUGGUGGAGAACACCUACGAGGAGGUCGUGCUCCAGUCAGUGAUGAAAGACAUCAUGCAAGCUGUGAAGGAGGCUGCGGUGCAGCGCAAGCACAACCUGUACCGGGACAGCAUGGUGCUGCACAACAGCGAUCCCAACCUGCACCUGCUGGGCGAGGGCAUCCCCAUCGACUGGGCCGAGGAGUACAGCGGGCAGCAGGAGCCCGAGCCGGGCACCGACAGGCGCCGCAGGGCCAAGCAGGUGGUGUCUGUCAUCCAGACCGACGAGGGGGUGCUGCCCUACGAGGUGGGCGCCCAGGGGCUGCUGCAGCCCAGCUCCCCGCAGCCAGACGCUGAGGCACCUCCGAGCUGCCCAGAUGGGGUGGAGAAGAUCCGGGAGGCACUGGCAGAGGAGAGCCUUGGGGGUGGCGCUGAAGGAGAGGAGCGGCUGCCGAACGGGACCGACGGCAGGCGGGACAGCGGCGCCAGCCCGGAGCCGGCGGCGGCAGCAGGAUGCGGCCCCGGCGAUGUCCAGCUCCAAGGUGCAGCCAGCGAGGGGCACAGGGUGCACCCCAGCGCACUGGCAUCGCCUGCAGCUGAUGCCCCACCAGCAGCUGAGGUGCAGCAAGCCUCACCAGCAUCACCCGAGGCUCAUGUCCCAUCAGAGGCCAGCGUGCAGCACACCACACCAUCACCCAAGCCCAGAGCUGAUGUCCCAUCAGAGGCCAGUGCCCAACAUGCUGCACCAUCACCCAAGCCCAGAGCUGAUGUCCCAUCAGAGGCCAGUGCCCAACACACUGCACCAUCACCCAAGCCCAGAGCUGAUGUCCCAUCAGAGGCCAGUGCCCAACAUGCUGCACCAUCACCCAAGCCCAGAGCUGAUGUCCCAUCAGAGGCCAGUGCCCAACAUGCUGCACCAUCACCCAAGCCCAGAGCUGAUGUCCCAUCAGAGGCCAGUGCCCAACAUGCACCCUCACCCAAGCCCAGAGCUGAUGCCCCCUCAGAGGCCAGCAUGCAGCACACCACACCAUCACCCAAGCCCAGAGCUGAUGCCCCUUCCGAGGCCAGUGCCCAACAUGCACCCUCACCCAAGCCCAGAGCUGAUGUCCCAUCAGAGCCCAAGGUGCCCCACGCCACACCAGCAUCACCCACCCCUGGAGCUGAGCCCCUGCCAGCAGCCCCUGGCACAGCCUGCCACCAGCCCAGUGACAAGGAGACUGGCGAGGAGGUGGCCUCCCUGUGCAGCCCUGUGCAGCCCAUGGGCACGACAGAGAGCGGCGAGGGGGUGCAGACUGAGUUCUAGCCCCUGGCACCCCCCUGCUGCGGACUGGUGCCGGUGAUGCCGGGAGCUGGGGUGAGGGGAGCAGGACCUGCUGCGGGUGGAGAGUGGCCUGUGGGGAGAGGGAGGGGAUGGGAAACACCAAGACCUUAUUGCCUACUUCGGGGGGGGGGGCCCUGCUGCUGCACGAAGCUGGCCACAGCCAAAUGGUCCUGCUGGGUUGGACUGGGGGAGGCCCCCGGCCUGGCAUGGGGCACCCCCUGCACUCUGCUCUGUUCUUCUGCCUUAAUUUCUUCUUUCCUACUGAGCAGCUGCUUUAUCUGCCCCCCAGCACCAGUGCUGGGGGCUCCUGGGGGGGCUGGCACUGCCCCCAGUGUGAAUAGGUGCGUGGGGUACUCACAGCAUCACCCCUCCCUGCCCCAACCCCACUCAGGGGGCAUCCUGGGAGCCUGCCCAUCACCGUCCCACCCAGAUGGCCCCAGGAGUGCCAGUGGGAGCAGAGGGAUGAUGGAAAAGGUGCCGGUGGCCAAGGGCAUGGCAGGGACACAGCAAUGCUUGGAGGCCUGAAUUGCUGCUGGCAGGGAGAGAGCUGGGGGCAGUCAGAGUGCAUGGCAGGGAGGUGUGGGCUGGUGACACUCAAGAGUGGGCUAACUGUACCCAGACCAGGCUCAGGGCACCAGGUUGGGUUACAACACCCAGACUGGGCUCGUGGCACCAGGUUGGGUUACAGCACCCAGCCCAGGCUCGUGGCACUAGGUUGGGUUACAGCACCCAGACUGGGCUCCCAGCACUGGACUGGGCUUAUGGCACACAAAGUGGGCUCAGAACACCCAGGCUGGGCUCACAACACCCAGCACCCCCAGCCACCCUGCCCAUGGAGUCUUCUGGAAGCUGCUCAGAAUGAGGAGGUGGAAGGUGGCACU